AUGGCAUUGAGGUUCGAGGCCCUGUACCCAGAGGGGAUGAAAGUCAAGGGUGAGACCAGUUCCAGCACAAGCAUGUUUGAAAUUAACUUGCUCUGUGAUCCUGGAGACCAAAUUGCUCUUCACUUUAACCCUCGCUUCUCCAGCUCCAGGAUUGUCUGCAACUCCUUCCUUGCCAACCACUGGGGGAAGGAAGAGGUUAAUAACACCUUCCCCUUCAAAGCAAAGGAGUCAUUCCAGGUUGAAAUCUACUCUGACCAGGACUAUUUCCACAUUUUCAUUGAUGAAAACAAAAUCUUGCAGUACAAGCAUCGGCAGAAGCGGCUUUCAUCCAUCACCAAGCUGCAGAUUCUCAAUGAUAUUGCCAUUUCUUCAGUGGAAAUCACCAAACGAGGCCUUUACUAG